AUGGCGCCGCCAUCUUCACCACCGAAUAAGCCCACCGACCCAACGUCCUCAUCCACUAACACUCCCAUUGCUACACCAUCGCCUAUCCCACCUCCUGUGCCCGUUGAGACUCAUCCAAAUCGCAUCAGACCAUCCGGGCAUUUUUACUCUCCUGACCCGUCUAGACUUGCACCCGAAGAUGCACUUACACCACCUCGACUUCAGCCCAUAGCCUCACUAGAUGGCAGCGUUGUCUCCCUACCAUCUGCUGCAGCACGAGCUGCAGCAGUAGCGUUACGUCCUACUGCUCCUGACCAGCUACGGUCUUCAGUUGCUGCUCUUCGACAGCCACCCGCUAUCCCACCUGUUGCGGCACGACUCGAGCAAGAAAGACGAGCUGCACGAGCUGCGAGGCGAAGAGCUAGGCAUCAGCCUCAAGUAUGGAAGAAACUACUGUGGAUAAAGCACAAAGGCUACCCGGACAAUUAUACAGAUCCUACUACUUUCUUGGAGCACUUGCAGUGGAAUCCGAAAUUCAGACCUUAUGAGUUUUGGCCUCUUGUUGCAGAUUCCAUGGUGAUUGUGCAGCAUGUCGCGGCAGUCAUAGUGUUUGUGUCCGCAUAUGCUGGUAUCUACCAAGAUCGUCUGAGUCCUGUAGCUGUUGUGCUCUGCGGAACAAUUGCUAGUGUGGUAGGCUGGAUCAUGUGGGACCAGUGGAAGUGUGAAGAGGACUCUGAUAUGGAAGCCCAGUUUGCGGACGAAAACAAUGGCAGUAUUCAGAUUGACGGCGUUGCUCCAAGGUCUACAUUGGCUGCUCAAGAAGAUAAGUCGAACAACAGCUCGAGCAACGUCCGAAGACCUACUACCAUGAAUGGACACACCAAUAACCUCACAAACGGCACUUUCAAGAAAGAUUUAGGUCUCAGCUUGUCCACCUCAAACCUCAUAGCCAAAAACGCCGAAGGUCAGCUUCAGAGCAGUCAUGUUCCCUCUUUAUCGAAGGCCUCUUUGCAGUCAAUAUCUCCCAUUGAACCAUUAGCGGAGCACAACUUAUUCACAAACUCUGACGAUGGAUACGCAUCUGCCUCGCUGAUGCGAGUCUUCUCCAACAAAUCGUACACCAGUAAUGCUUCAUAUAAUUACAUUCCUCAGUCACCAACGACGCUUCCUCCCAGUGUCUCACCUCGCAAUCAAGCACGAAUCAAGACGUUCAAGUCAGCCCUGCUCCUCUACUUUGCUUUGCUAGGAUUGAGCCCGAUCCUCAAGUCGCUCACGAAGUCGACCUCAAGUGAUAGCAUUUGGGCCUUGGCUACCUGGCUUCUGAUCAUCAACAUAUUCUUCUUCGAUUAUGGUAGCCAGUAUGUACCUACUGCGAAGUCGCAGCAGCUGCAAAAAGAGGACAACGUUGGAGAUUCUGCUUCGAGCAGACAGAAUGGAAUACUCCACAAUAAGCCUUCUCAUGCUUCAAUAUCGACGACAGCUUCUUCUGUGUACCAGAACUACAAUCGGCCUGCGGCAGCCUCUGUCGCUUCACCGAGCGCAUAUCCAUCAUCAGGCAUCGCCUCGACAAAGCAACCUUUGACAUCGCCGACACCAGCGCAGCCUUCCUCAAAUGCUGCGACGCUUCCGCCACAAAAUACAUACCCUUCUUCUCUAUCAACUAACGCGGCUGUCAUGGCAUCCACGGUACUCGCCUCCAGAUUGCCUACCACAACCUCUGUCUUUUCGCUUACCCUGUUCUCCAUCCAGAUUUUCGGACUCUUCCCGCUUUACCGCAGGUACCUACGGACGCGAUCGUUUCCAAUGCAUACUGCACUGACUAUCACCCUGAUUGUCAUGGCCUCGGCAGGCCUUGGUCUCAUACUAUCACAAUCCUACACUCACAAGUACGGCAAUUGCGGCUUCUGUUUCAGCUGGUGCGUGCAUGUCGUCGUGCGAAGUACAAUUGGAAUCACUAUUGGAAGUGUAGCCACGGCAGUGAUCAUGGGCGGAUGUGCUUGGUGGUUGAUUAGUUUGCAGAGGUACAAGAACGUGGUCAUUGGCCCAUGGGAUCCAGCCAAGCCGAUGUUGGCAGGUGGUGAACGACCCGGAGACUGA